AUGACUGACCACGAUUGUAAGGAGCAGCCACUAGAAAGUGACCUCAAGCUUUCUCCAAGUGAAAGCAAUUUUGUGCUUCGCCUGUUGGAUGUGGCUCAGCAGUCUCGUGUCUCACUGAUCUCGGAGCCUGAGCCUGAGCCUGAGGCGAGACCAAACGACAAGACAUCUCCCAUCUCGAGUUCAUCCAUCCCACAAUCAUCCAACGCCGGGGCCCAUCCAAUUUCACCGAAGAAACGCUUCCAGCUCCCGCAAAUCAAGAGCGGAGAUUGCGGCCCAUUGGGUGAAAUAAAUGAAUACCAGGAACUCCGAUCCAGCACUGACGAAGACACAUUCAUUGCUGAGUCGGCUAAAUUGAUCUCGGAACUGUACCAGAUACUCGGGCAACUUUUGCCUCCUCCGAGUCCAAGUUGUCACCCUGCCUGGCUCAAUAAAAAGUCUCCAGGGACUCCACCUACUCCAUCGAUCUAUCGCAGUAUCUCCUCGGAGACAUCCAGCAGCUUCUGUGAUCCUCCUAUUGCUGAUUAUCCAGAUUAUUCUCCCACAUCUGAGAGAACAAUUACAGCUCGUCCCAGCUCCGCACGUUCAUAUCAAGAACUAAUCGGUCGUUACCCAUCAGACUGGAGUUACGAUUGUACCCGUCUAAAUUUACGAGACUAUCCUGAGAACUGGCCUUUGCGGGAAGCCACCGGCAGAACUUUCCCAAGAAGUCACACUGACAUUCAGAUCAGUCACACUGACAAGUGCACACCCUCGUCUUCCGACUGCAUUCCCCUUUCGAAGUCCUGUCCAACGUCUCCAUUUACUGAGUCUCGUCCUCGGCGUCGUCAAACAUUGACCAAGGUCAAGGAUCGCCUGUCUAAAAUCUUUGGCGAUCGGGCGGCGAACCUCUAA